CUGAGGCCAGGAGAGGUGGAGGCACAGACAACGUCCUUCCAGACGGCUGUGGAAAGUCUCUGAGCCAAGGUACAUUUUGAUUAUUGAAGAGAGAUUGUCUACUGAAGGCUUCUGCUCACUUCCAGAAGCUGAUAAAGGGUCUUUUCAGCUCACUGUACGGCUAAGGAGCAACCUUCAGGAAACAUGGCCAAAAGUCUACAAGCAGAGGCAACCUGUCCCAUUUGUCUGGAUGUUUUCUUCAAUCCUGUUUCUCUCUCCUGUGCACAUAUUUUCUGCUGGGAUUGCAUUCAAAAUUGGCAGCUAGAAAGGGGAGAUUCAAAAUUGAUGUGUCCUAUGUGUCGAGGAGAAAGUGAAAAACCUCCUGUGGAAGAAUGGCAAAUUAGAUCACUGGCCCUUCUCAUCAAGCAGCAUGGGCCCCUACUGGAGCAAAGCCUGCACUUGAGUGACGAACUCCUGAAGUUCCGGGAGGACAUGACCUUGGAUGCAGACACAGCCAACUCCUUCCUCAUCUUGUCCAAUGAUCUAAGGAGUGUCCAUUAUAGGAACAUCUGCCAAAGACGGAGGAAAAAUCCUCGGAGAUUUACCUACCUGGCCUGUGUCCUAGGCACUCCUUCCUUCUCUUUCGGUCGCCAUUACUGGGAGGUUGAAGUGGGAGAAGGCAAGGAGUGGGCUCUGGGUGUCUGCAAAGAGUCGGUCAACCGAAAGAAGAGGAAGAAUGAUUUAACCCCUGAGCAUGGCUACUGGGUCAUCAGCAUGAAGGCAGGAGUAAUUCACACCAAUGCCAUACUAGCAAGAAGAAUUCCUGUAAGCUCUGGCCUUUCCCAUGUGGGGAUCUUCCUGGAUGUUGAGAUGGAAGAACUCAAGUUCUUUGAUGUUAGAAACAAUGCCUUCAUUUGUGUAUACACUUGUUUCUACACUUCAGAACCUUUGCGCCCAUUCUUCUGUCCUGAGCUGCCAGGAGAAGCUGGUUCUGGCGCCCCCCUGACCAUUUGCUCGUAA